GGCAUCGGACGCGCGGAUUGCGGUGCAGAUGCGAAGUACCGCGGGACACGACGGCCUGCCGUUAAAUGACGGACUCAAGAUAGUCCUUCCGCCUGGUAACAUGUCAGAUGGGGUUGACGGCGGUGGUGGGGAAAACGAGGUAGACUCUCAUUCCUCUUCGCACGCUGAGGCUGGAGACUCUUCCAAUCACAGGGAAGAAGAGGCAUUGGACGCUGACAACGAGGCGGCUCUCAAUACCAAUUAUGACAGUAGCGACGGAGCUGUCCCUGCGUUUAGAUGUGAUAGAUGCGACAAUUAUGAAACUAUAAACAAGACGGCUUUCUCCGCACACCAAGAUCAAUGUCUGGCAAGUGGCGAGGCUGGGGAGAGCACUGAGGGUAUAGAGGGGGCGGAAAAUGACGGGGAUGGAGAGGAAGGCCAUUCAGGGUUACGGUCUCAUAGAAAAAUGUUCGAGUGCGACGUGUGUAACAUGAAAUUUUCCAAUGGAGCCAACAUGAGACGGCACAAGAUGAGGCAUACGGGGGUGAAGCCGUACGAGUGUCGGGUAUGCCAGAAGAGAUUCUUCCGGAAGGACCAUCUCGCGGAACACUUCACGACGCACUCGAAAACCUUGCCAUACCAUUGCCCGAUCUGCAACAGAGGUUUCCAAAGACAAAUCGCGAUGCGCGCUCACUUUCAGAACGAGCACGUGGGCCAGCACGACAUGGUCAAAUCGUGUCCUCUCUGUAACUACCGAGCGGCGACCAUGAAAUGCCUUAGGUUGCACUUCUUCAAUAGACACGGGAUAGAUUUAGAUAAUCCAGGACCAAAUAGCUCUACGUCCAUAAUGAAUAGUUGCACGCCCGGGGAGGCCAUGCCAUCGGCGCCCUUGUCCGACAGCGGAGACAGCACUGGCAACCGUUCGACCGACAACGCUACACCGCCCAUGCAUUUCCUCACGCCUCACGUGGAGAUAUCCAUUCCUUAUCCCGAGCAAGCUGCCAAUCAGCGGAACCCGAGCCCUGCCCCGUUAAACGGAGAUAGUCCCAACAGUCCCCAAAGCGCAGAUAGUAAUAGCAACGCGCCGAGCAGUAGUCAUCAUCAAUUACCCAUCAACAGCAGCACCAUCCAUAGGAACGUGAGUGGGGGAGACGAAGCCAUUACACCGUCGAUCUCCUUGAUCCCCAUCAAGCAAGAGCCGAACAGCAAUGGUAUGGACGACACGGGCGCGACGUCGAGCAAUCUCCCGCUGCCGUCUCUGAUUAAGGUGUCGCCGCUGAAGUCGCUGUUGCGGGACGACUUGCGCCGCAAGCUCUCCACCAGCUCCACGAACAACAACAACAACAACAACAGCGGCAGCAGCAGCAACAACAGCGGCGCGAAUUCCAAUCCGCACUCGAGGGGCGAGCCGCCCACCUCGACGAGGCCGGAUCCGCGCACAAGUGGCCUCCAGUGUACUCACUGUAGAAUUACGUUUCCGGAUCAGACGUUGUACUUCCUCCAUAAAGGUUGUCACAGCGAGAGUAACCCGUGGAAGUGCAAUAUUUGCGGGGAGCAGUGCUGCAAUUUGUACCAGUUCAACUCGCAUUUACUGAGCAAGAGUCAUCAGUAGCGUGAGACGAACACACCUGCGACUAAUUUGGGUCUUUCUUUAUCGUUUCUUCUUCUUCUUCUCCUUCUUCUUCUUCGUCGUCGUCGUUGUCUUUUCUCUCUCUUCGUUCUUAAACAACAGCGGCGGGAGAUUGGAUAUGUACGUAUGCAAUGUGUGUAUGUACGCUGUGCAUAUGCGUUCAGUGUUCAUUAACAUGAGGGUGCAAAUAUUUUCUGCGACGUGUCCAGACAUACUCCUCCGCCAAGAGUACCUUCAAAAUCGUGUGCGCCCGUUCCUUCGUAGUACGUGACACGGUGAAUGAGUCAAUUGUAAAUUUCCGACGUUCGAGAGAAAUCGAGAGUAAGAGAGAGAGAGAGUAUGUCUGUGUUCUCUCAGAAAAUAAUGUACAAAGCGCGACAAACUUGUGCCUUUUCACUAAGAGAGAAAGAAAAAAAAAAAUCGAGAGAGGGAAUAAGAAAUUGCCAACACACACUCGUCCAUCAUGCUGUUGUACGAACUAUCCGUCCAUAGGGCUUUAUCGAGAUAUAUUCCGAGCUCUGUCAUUAGUCUUAAAUUAGGUAAAUAAGUAUGGAGAACUUCGACGGGGCUAGUCGCGCGUCGCCCCGGUCGAGGGAGAGAGAUCACGAGAGAUAUAAAGUAGCUAUACGCCGUACUUUCGUCGCGGAAGAGGAAGUACGCUGAAAUUGCGAAUGAAUAGAUAGAUAGAUAGAGAUACUAUCUAGUUCGCGCCGUUGAUGCUCAGCACGAGUGCUCGAAGAAACGAACAUGACGACGCGGACACGGCCCGAAGUCCCUCUUACGUACCCCUCUGUGAUGCACAGAAUAACGCAAUCAGCAAGAUUUGCAAGUGGUAAGCGAAUUGGCCAAUCACAUUCGAGGAUUGCCAAAAAAAAAAAAACCAUCCGGUUGAAAUUUCCGACUGUGAUCGAUCGAUUCGCACGCUGCUCGAAUCUCACUGCUCACGUUUCCUCGCGUGUCCACGGCCCUUGCAGAUGCAGAUUUGACAAAUUUGGAAGAACGUCCCGUGUUGGUCAACGGCAUAUCGACCGUGCGGAUAUUGUUGCGCAGCAACAAUUCGUCACGGUCAGCGGUGCGCUUUCGAGAUAUCGUCGGGUCGUCUGUUCACUUGUUUCUUUUUUUUUCUCUUUUUUUUUCUUUAGAUAGGAACGCAUCGCGUUCGUAUAGCGAGCCUGGUGAAAAUCGGAGGGCAAUGAUGUACAGGGCAUAAAAGCCAGCCGGGCGUGCGUUACUAUUAUAUACGAUAGGCAAGUUCGAGAGAUCUGACUUUUGGCCGAAGAGAGAAUGCUGGGACGGUAUGGCGAUGCAUGACUUCGUUUCGGCCAAGAUCACUUUUCUUCGCCUUUUGCCUUCGAUUCAAUGAAUAUUUUAUAUAUAAAUAUUUGUACAGAAAAAAAAGUAUUAGGAGAGAAGCACGGAGGAAGAGAAAAUCC